CGCGCGCUCAGUGCGGCUCAGUGCUUCACCUCCAGGCCAAGAUCGAAACAUGCAGCUCGCGCGCUUCCUGUGAGGAGCUUCAGCUGUCGGUCCUGCAGCGGCGGAGGGUCGGAGCUCCGGCUCGACGGGAAAAAGGUGAAGUGUAGACAUGGAUCUGGACGUGGUGAACAUGUUUGUCAUCGCCGGCGGCACGCUGGCCAUCCCCAUACUGGCUUUUGUGGCAUCUUUUCUUCUGUGGCCUGCGGUCCUCAUUAAGGUCUAUUACUGGUACUGGAGGAGGAGGCUGGGGAUGCAGCUGGAUUACGCAGAGUAUGAAGGAUAUCGCUUCUGCUACACACACAGAGGGAAGCCGGGCAGCAGACCCUCCAUACUCAUGCUUCACGGCUUCUCUGCACACAAAGACAUGUGGAUGGGGAUGGUGAAGUUCCUCCCAACCAACAUGCACCUAGUGUGUGUUGACAUGCCUGGCCACGAGGGCACCACACGCACCAAUGCAGCCGACUACUCCAUCGAGGGCCAAGUCAAACGCAUACAUCAGUUUGUUAAAAGCAUUCAUCUAAAUAAGAAGCCCUUCCACCUGAUGGGCACCUCCAUGGGCGGUAAUGUAGCUGGAGUCUACGCUGCCCGCUACCCCUCCGACCUGUGCAGCGUCACACUCAUCUGUCCUGCAGGUCUGAAGGACACUGAGGAGAGCACAUUUGUGAAACGUCUGAGAGACUUGGAAAAGACCAACGAUAUUCAGAAGAUUCCUCUCAUCCCUUCUAAUCCGGAGGAGAUGGAGGAGAUGCUGAAACUGUGCUCCUUCGUCCGUUUCAAGAUCCCUCAGCAGAUUCUUCAGGGAUUGGUCAGUGUCCGUAUUCCACACAACGACUUCUACCGCGAGGUGUUUAUGGAACUGGUUAAAGAAGAUUCGAGGCACAGCCUGCAUGAUAACAUGCACCUCAUCUCAACACCACUGCAGGUCAUUUGGGGGAAACAAGACCAGGUUCUGGACGUAUCAGGAGCCGCUGCUCUGGCCAAAGCUCUGCCUGGAUGCCAGGUUGAUCUGCUGGAUAACUGUGGCCACACCGUGGUGAUGGAGCGCCCUCGCAAGGCAGCUAACCUUGUAGUGGACUUUAUCAACCGCCACCAGAACUCUGGCAGCAGCAGCAACAAAAAGCUCUCUUGAGAUUUGUAGAAAAUGUGUAAAUAAUCUAAAAAAAUUAAAUAAUUAUUAAAUAUAUUUUUAUAUGAACACUCAGGGACAAUUGCCAGAGGUUAACUCUUACAGUCUUACAGGAUUCAAAAGACUCUAUAGAAUUUUAGACGUUUAUUCCUGGUGAUUUUAAUGGAAACACAGGUAAUAAUAGGCACUUAUUAAUAUUAAUUACAGUUAAUAUCACUAGACUUUGCAAUUUUGCUUAAUUUUAAUAGUUGUUUUAGGUUUUAUUAAUGCAGGAAAUAUACUCUCACCAAGCAUGUUUUAGGAAGACUACACCGAUCAGACGUGUCAUUUACUAUUCCCUUUAAGAGUCAGGUGUGCUUUAACUUUUGGCAAAUUGCUAUUUCAGUGGUGCAGCUACCUGGACGUGUCAAACAUUUCUCAGCAGAGGAAAGUGACCUGCUCGUACACAUUUUUAGAUUUUUGUGAUUUUUUUUCUGGAAAUAUCUUGAAAUCAUUUAUUAUAUCAUACAGGGGUUGGACAAUGAAUCUAAAAAACACCUGGUUUUAGACCACAAUAAUUUAUUGUCUCGACGGACAGUUCUGGUGGAAACAGGAGAGUUGAGGUGCCCAUUGAAUUCUGCCGUGAUUUGAUCAGCCGUGGUUUUAUGUUUUUUGGAUACAAUCCGGGUUAGCACCCGAACAUCCCUUUCAGACAGCUUCCUCUUACAGCGUCCACAGUUAAUCCUGUUGGAUGUGGUUGGUCCUUCUUGGUGGUAUGCUGACAUUACCCUGGAUACCGUGGCUCUUGAUGCAUCACAAAGACUUGCUGUCUUGGUCACAGAUGCUCCAGCAAGACGUGCACCAACAAUUUGUCCUAUUUUGAACUCUGGUCUGUUUAAACACACAUAAUGUUGUGUGCAUUGCAAUAUUUUGAGCAAAACUGUGUUCUUACCCUUCUAAUUGAACCUUCACACUCUUACUGCUCUUACUGGUGCAAUGUGCAAUUAAUGAAGAUUGGACACCAGGCUGCUCCAAUUUAGCCAUGAAACCUAAAAUCCCACACUAAAAUGAUGACAGGUGUUUCAGUUUCAUUGUCCAGCCCCUGUACAUCACAAAAAAUACAUUUACAUUUAUUUAUCUCAUAGACUGUAUAUAGCUGGACAGAGCAUCGUCUCUCAAAAGUGAAGCCACCACCGGUCGAGCGCCCCUGCUGUUUGGCUGCAGAAAGCUGUGUAACUCCACCCAUCCCCAUAGGUUUCAAUGGCAAAACAGAACAACUUUCAAUCACGUUUUUUUUAAUAUACUGUAAUUCUACCUCCAUUAUUUAAAUGCAGCAGCUAGUGUAACCUCUGCUUAUAUUGGCAAAUUUUAUAUCACUACAGAAUUCGGUUUUUAAAACGUUAUUCAGCUCUAUUCAAAAAAGGUGUGGUUAUUGUAAAAGGGCUGGUUAUGGGCGGGACCAAUAACAGACCGUCAGCUCCGCACCGCUCUACAGUCUGUGACCACGAGGCAGCCCUCAGGGGUGUGGUUAUUUAAAUGAGUAGGUUGCUAUCCACAGUCUUUCUCCCUCCUCUGGUCUCUACUGCGCAGAAUCGGGUGUCAGGAUCGCCAACAUGGCGGAAGAUUUUGGCUUCAUUUUCAUUAAAUGAAUGGGAACGGAGACACGGCGUCCAUCUUUUUUUUUUACAGUCUCUGAUUUAUCUAGUUGCUGGGAAGGUUACUAAAGAAGAGUGGACCUGUUGUAGUGUUCAUGAAAUCAGUUUGAGAAACUGUUGGUACAUAUACUACUUAAAUAGAUAAAAAAAAUAGAUAAAUGGGAUGCACAUGGUCAGCAAUAAUACUCAUAGGCUGUGGCAUUCAAGCAAUGAUUGACUAGUGUUUUUAGCAGGUCCAAAGUGCAUUAUGGGAUGCUUUCCUGGACACUUUUCUGCUCAGUGGUAAAAAAGUGAGUUAUUGGAGUCUUUCUGUCAGGUCCAACUAGUUAAGCCAUUCUCUCUUGUCCUCUUUCUCUCAUUAAUAAGAUGUUAUCAGACAUUCAGACCAGCUCACUGGAUGUUUUGAUUAGGGGUGAAAUGAUUACUUGAGUAAUUCGAGUUACUCGAUUAAAAAAAAAUGAUCGAGAUAUUUUCUGUGCUUUGAAUAAACGUUUAUUUAAUUUAAAAACUCAGCAGGCGGUUUUUCGCGCUUUUAAUGUGACAAUGCACUCAGCCAAAAGAGAAGGUUAAUAUAACUUAUAACUAAUCAAUGAGAUUAACGUUAACAUUAAUGUACCUUAAUAACAUAACGACAGCACUGUGGAGAUGCGCUGAUUAAUAGAAAUACUGUCUAAUGUGUGGUUAGUUUUUAAAAACAGACCAUUCUGGACUUAAUACAGGCUUUAUGUAAGUCAGGGGUGCCCAAACUUUUUUUGUUCGGGGCCAGAAGGAGAAAUAUAUUUGGAGUCAUGGGCCACACUCUGUAAAUAAGUCUUUAUCUUUGACAGUGUUGUGUAAACUAAGAUUUUUUGAUGUUGAUGUUUAAUUUCAUGUCUCUUAAUAUUAAAUUUUAGACUGUUUGACUUGUUUUUCUGCACUAGAAAUGCGCAUCCUCUCCGCUUUUAGACUCUUUGACUUGUUUUUCUGCGCUAGAAAUGCGCAUCCUCUCCGCUUUUAGACUCUUUGACUUGUUUUUCUGCACUAGAAAUGCGCACUCUCUCCGCUUUUAGACUCUUUGACUUGUUUUUCUGCGCUAGAAAUGCGCAUCCUCUCCGCUUUUAGACUCUUUGACUUGUUUUUCUGCACUAGAAAUGCGCACUCUCUCCGCUUUUAGACUCUUUGACUUGUUUUUCUGCGCUAGAAAUGCGCAUCCUCUCCGCUUUUAGACUCUUUGACUUGUUUUUCUGCGCUAGAAAUGCGCAUUCUCUCCGCUUUUAGACUCUUUUGCCCCGUUUUUCUGCGCUAGAAAUGCGCACUCUCUCCACUUAUAGACUCCUUUGUCUCGUUUUUCUGCGCUAGAAAUGCGCAUCCUCUCCGCUUUUAGACUCUUUGACUUGUUUUUCUGCGCUAUAAAUGCGCAUCCUCUCCGCUUUUAGACUCUUUGACUUGUUUUCCUGCGCUAGAAAUGCGCACUCUCUCCGCCUUUAGAGUGUUUUGUCCCGUUUUUCUGCACUAGUAAUGCGCAUCCUCUCCGCUUUUAGACUCUUCUAGACGUAGUUUGGACACCCCUGAUGUAAGUGAACACAGCGCUGAGGA